AUGGGGGAAUACUUGUCUGUGAUGGAGGAUAGAAACCUUCCUGUCGUCUCAGGGGCGUCUGCCACUGUUCUCAUCAUCGGGGCCGUCGGGGACCUAGGGACAACCGGACUGGCGCUGGCACAAGGGUUUAGAAAGGCCGGAAUCCGAUGCACCAUCUUUGAGAAGCACGAAAGUCUCCAUGCACAACCAAGGGACUGGAAUAUGGGACUCCAUUGGGGGGCAACCGCCCUACAGGGAGUCCUCGAUUGUGAAUCCUGGGACAAGAUUCAGACCGUCCAUGUCGACCCAAGUGCUCCCGUGGCGGACCACGACGUUUUGAAGUUUAUCAAUUCGAUGACUGGCGAGCCAAUGUCGGAGAUACAUACCUCUAAAUUCUAUCGACUACGCCGAAGCAAACUCCGCUCUCUUCUCGAGCACGAACUGGAUAUCCGAUAUAAGAAAGUAUUGAAAAACAUAUCGAUGUCGGGUGACGGCCGGACCGCAACCGUUCAUUUUGAAGACGGAUCUUCCUAUGCUGGACAGUUUGUUAUCGCUGCUGAUGGAGCACGCUCAACCGCGCGCCAGCUUCUGCUGGGGAAGAAUAAGGGCGCCGUAAGACGUCUUCCAUACGCAGCAACCUUUGUACAUGCGAAGUUCACAGCCGAGCAGGCGUUAUACCUUCGUAGUUUCCACCCCCUAUAUAUUGCCGGUAUUCACCCUUCUGGAUUCUUCUCUUUCUUUGGCAUGCAUGAAGCCGAGGACCCUGACAGACCGGAAACAUGGACUUUCUUCUUUUAUAUCUCCUGGAAAUAUAGCUUGGAAGAGCAAGACAGCACAGCCGGCUGGUCAAAUAAACAGAGACUGGAUCAGGUCAAAUCAUUUGCCAAAGACUUCUGCGACCCUUGGAAAAGUGCCUUUGAGUGGAUUAGUGAUGACCAUCAAGUUUGGUAUAUGGGCCUGACUGACUUUGACCCUGGCUCGAAGGGCCAUUACUGGAACAACCAUGGCGGCAGAGUGACUCUCGCUGGAGAUGCAGCGCAUGCGAUGACAUACCAACGCGGACAGGGGCUAAACCAUUCUGUCACUGAUGCCGCAAAGCUUGUAAAUGCCGUCACUGACGCGGUAUCAGGUCUCUCGUCGCAGGCAACCUCGAUCUCAGCCUACGAGGACGAGAUGAUAGCAAGAGCAGGGGGCGAGGUCAGGCUGUCUACUAUUAAUACUGAGAUGCUUCACGACUGGGAACGGGUACUUGCAUCACCAGUAUUGACAUCGGGGAUGAAGCAUAAACAUAAAUGA